GGAUAUUUGCAGUAGCAAUUUUUCAACUGCAGAUCAAAGCCUUUUCAAAAUCUACGAUAAGGAAGGAAACAGGAGGGAAGCUAAUCUAAAUAUGCUAAAAUCACUGACACUUAUUGCUUGGAAUAAAAAAACGCAUAUUUGACUAAUACGAUGCUACCUUGUCAGAACAAGAUAAUUUUGUGCCAAUAAUCCACCUACCAAUUUCAAUUUGUUCUCCCAAUAUAUUGAUAACUUCGAAACAGAGGGGAGUGCAGUACUUUUCCUCGAGUCUCUGAUAUUAAUGAGGUAAUUUUCCCGAAGCCAUAAUUCAUUAUUCCACUCACUAUUGAGCACGGAAACAUUGCUUGGACUUGGCGUAAUGAACGAAAUGCGAAACUUCUGUGUUGUCCAUUCAGUUUUGAUACCAGAUGAUGUUCUUUCUUUCAAAGAGGUAAAAACCUCCACCAAAUUGUCGUUUAUUUGACAAGUUGUUAAUUGCUUUGCACACAAACUUUGCACCAUUUAAAAUACCCCCUAUUUUUGUAUUAUGCGCUCAGUGUUAAUCGCUUAUAUUACCCCUGGAUCGAGAUUUCUAUCGCUGGUGACUAAAAGAUACGCAAAACAAUUGAGGUAAACAUGAUUUUAUAAUACCAGAAAAAGGCGAAUGUGGUGGCCACACAGACAUUUAAAAGUGGUCUUAGAAUAACUUACUUUCUUAAAUAUAGUUUUCUUAAACAAUAUGUUAGUUUCCGCCUUCAGAGGAAAACUUUAAUUAUUUCGGUUAAAAGCCAAAUUGGUUCACAGCUUGGCAAGGAGAUAGCUUAUUUGACACGCAUAUAUAUAUCAGGGCAUAUUUCCCUUGCAAAUUAACAAUAUGUUUACACUCUAGCAUUUUCCAAUGCUUACGAAUAUACACAGAAGAUAUUUAAGCACAUUUCUUUGUAAACAGGCGAUAAAGUUCAUUUCUUUCUUCUUAAGGCGAAGAGCAAGCGAACUCACAGGAUGAAUACAUUUCUACUUUUUCUGGCAUAUUUUGCGUUUCUUGGAUGUUACUGUCGUAGACAGAUCACGCAAAUAGGAAAUCUUUCAAGCUGGACUCCGUGUUCUUCACAGUGUUGGUGUGCGCAAGAUGACAAGGGUCGCGACUAUGGAAGAUGCAUCGUGAACAAAUUUGAGGAGUCGGUAGAAUUAAACUUUUCAAGAAAACUCCACUUUUUGUCCUUUGCUAAUAAUGGACUGAGGGCGGUACUGAGGGGAAUCUUUACAAACCUUCACAAUCUUGAGUUUCUAUCUUUGGCAAAUAACAGCAUCGAAAUUAUCAACGAACAUGCAUUCGAAGGCUUGAGUAACCUGCGUAUCUUAGAUCUCCAAAACAACAAUCUGAAGAAAUGGGCCGGGGAUCCUACAAGAGACAUGCCACUUCUUGAAAUUCUAAACCUUAACGGCAACGAGGGCUGGAUACCCAAUCAGCAAAUUCUCCGCAUGCCUAAACUCAAAGAGAUCCUUGGGAUUACAUGGAGCUCGCACUGUUCUACCUGCGACCUCCUUAAGAUUACUGAAAAUGAAACAUUAGUAGAUGAUGAUGAGAUGGAAGAUUACGAGGAAAAUAGUGGAGACGGCUUGAGUGGGAAAGGAGAGAUGAGUGAAAUGAAGUGCCAUGUGACACUCGAGGAGUUCUACUACCCCAAGGCAGUAAAUUAUGGAGUUUCUGCGCAAUUUGUGAGGCAAGGCUUCUCGCCACAAUGCUUCUGUGACUAUCUCUCGGACUGCUAUAACCGUGAGGUUUUUGUACCGUAUUUAACACAGUUGUACGACUUCCCUCGAAAACUUUUCCUUUCCCAGUAUGCCUUGGGAGGAUUAAUAGUUAUUCUCACCAUGUCUGUUCUUGUUGUGAUUAUCACUUCACGACUGUUGAGGAAUAACAUUUCGUUCGUGUUGGUCGGGAGUAUGGCGUUAAGCGAUGUUCUGAUUGGUGUUCACAGCGUGGCGAUCGCCAAAUACAACAUAUUUAGUGACCCAAAUGUUAAGCCGCGAGUCGUUAUGGAAAGAGACACCUCUGUUUGCACAUACAUAGGCAUGGUAUUCACCAUAGGCCAGGUAACCGCAGUGUUUACCUCUCUCAUGUUAACUGUAGAAAGAUAUCUCGUCAUAGUCUACUACCACAAAUGCAGAGGCAAGGUAAGAAUCAGACCUUUGGUCAUUAUUUUAUUUCUUGUAUGGACAGGAGCAAUCACCUUCGCAAGCUUGCCUUUGUUUGGUGUAGGAAAGCUGAAAUAUCAUAGAUGGUUCCAGUGCACGAUGCCCUAUCAUUCAGGAAAAAAUCUGUUACAAACAUCUAACAUAACUCUGAGCAUCUCGGCCAUAUUUGUGUUUCUUUACCUUAUCAGUCUGGGGCUUUACAUUUUGAUCUUCUGCUACGCAAGAAGAUCAAGUUUGCAAUUUGGCAUUAAACGUGAAGCGAGACUGGCGAGGAAAAUAGCAAUGCUGGUGUCAUCAAAUUUCAUUCUGUUCACCUUACCAACUGUUCUACUUCUAGUCUAUGUAUAUUCUUUCUCGGAAAUUCUUGACGCUGCCAAGUCAUUCUCGAGCAUGCGUUCUUUGUUCAUUAUUGGUGGUUGGCUUCCGGUCACGUGCUUUAACCUGAAUUCGCUGGCGAACCCGUUUCUCUAUCCAUUCAGACACUGUCGAUUCAAGAAAGAAUUACGUUCGAUUCCCCGCAGGUUACGCAACGGUGUCAGUCAUACGUUUUACCCAGUCUUCGCCACGGCACAGCACUUCAGCUUGCGCACAUCUGCAAUUAGCCACCAGUUGCGUCAGCAGUUCCAUUCCUUCACGUCACGAAGGGAAGGUGAGAACUCACUGCAUGUUGAUUUAGAUACAAGAAAGGGUCGUGGACAAACUGCAACAGUUUAAGACUUAUUUGCAACUCAAUACGAGUCUUUUUUAAAGCCAUAGAACAUCGAGGCGCGAAUUUAAUUAUUAUGCGGCCAGACAUUGGCAAUGCAGCAUUAGGCUUCGUUCCCAUAAGAGUAAUCAUAAAUGCAAUCACGAGUAAAGUUUUGUACAGCCUAUCUCUUUACAAGAACAACUCAAAACACAAUCAAGACAAUAUAAUCGAACAAUCUUUAAGAUUAUGUCCACAAUAAAGUUAAAGUCGAAAGAGGAGCGCAAAAGCUAGAGGACAUGAACGCAAUCGUUAGGACAGAUCUCCAGUUAUUGCGUGCAAGACCGAGAACACUUCCUAGUCUUAGUGAUUUGCCGCGCAUGACAUUCUGCACAUUUUUCAUCGUUCGAGGAUCUUUUCCAAGCUUCACGAGUGUUCCCUGUGCAACAUACCACCCUUAUGAUGUCACUAAUGGCUAUGACGUAGUGUCAUUGGGAGCCAAGCAUAAACAGACCUCUUAAAGAUAGAUUGGCCACCGUAACGAUUACAAAAGCUGACGUUUCGAGCGUUAG